AUGGGUAACUUACCUUCAGAACGCCUUCGUCCAGGUUAUCCCUUUGAGAGCACUGGUGUUGAUUACGCCGGGCCUAUCAUGUGUGCCAGUCGUCAAGGCCGUGGAUGCAGGCUAGUAAAGGUGUAUAUCGCAAUUUUUAUUUGUUUUACAACCAAGGCGAUUCACUUGGAGCUUGUUGGUGAUUUAUCUAGCAAUAGUUACUUACUAGCUUUGCAUCGAUUUAUUUCUAGAAGAGGUAAACCAAGUAAUAUAUUUUCUGACAAUGGUACCUCAUUUGUUGGUGCGUACAACGACUUAUCUAAGUUCUUAAAAGCUAAUAGCUCGUCCUUGGGUGAAAGUGCAGCGAAUGAUGGAAUAAAGUUCCAUUUUAUACCCGCAUACACUCCACAUUUCGGCGGACUCUGGGAGGCAGGAGUGAAGUCAACAAAAUAUCAUUUGCAAAGAGUGUUGGGCAAUUGUAAUUUGACAUUCGAAGAGCUUUACACUGCACUCACUAAAAUUGAAGCGGUUUUGAACUCUCGUCCAUUAACGCCAUUAUCAUCAGAUCCUGUGGAUUAUACUCCACUGACGCCGGGUCAUUUUCUUGUUGGGAGACCCUUGACUUCUCUACCGCAGCCUGACUACCGGGAUCAUUCUAUGAACCAUCUGUCUCGAUUUCAAAGAAUAGAGCAACUACGCCAGCAUUUCUGGAGCAGAUGGAGCAAGGAGUAUGUAGCCGAAUUGCAGGUGCGAACCAAAUGGCACUCCUCUAAAGAUGCUCUAAGGCUGAACACCUUGGUGGUGAUUAGGGAGGACAAUCUUCCUCCUUUGAAGUGGAGACUUGGACGAGUUGUGGCUGUUCACCCAGGAACAGACGGCAUUGUUCGGGUAGCUGACAUCCAGACGUCUACGGGAGUCAUUCGGAGGGCGUUCAACAGGAUCUGCCCACUGCCCGUGUCUUCGGAUGAAUCUUGUUGA